GCUCCUGCUCUCUCUCUCUCUUGGACUUGUCAAGUCUCUACACCCAAGCUGCCAGAACCCGUCUCUACUACUUCUAGGAACUACCUCAGCUACAAUCACCACCGCCAACAGCUAUGAGACCUCACUUACUUGUCGUGUCGGCAGUAAUGUGUCUCCUGCAGGCCACCGAGGCGACGUUGAAGCAGGAUAGCGAGUUCAGCAACCCUGGGACGGGUCUUAAGUGGCUCCGAGAGCUGACGUCAGGUAUCCUACAGCCUCUCUCAAGACAGAAGCGUGUCAUCGGUCUGCCAGUGGAUUCAAUUUAUGAGAUGGAAUGGUCGCUCAACUUCCCCUUCGACACCUACACCUUCUACAGGUCCAAGUUGAGGCUCGCUAUCCCCGUUACGAUCCCCUUCUCGUCGGGAAUCAUCGCCGCCGGCCGCAAGAGAUCUGUUGACUUCGACGCCGGCCAGAUGGUGGCGGCCACGGACAGUUCCACCCAUUCGUACUCUCUCUGGCCCCAGACCAGCCACGAGGACCACCACGAGCGGCACUCAAGGGCCAGGCGGGCCGCCAGGAAGGAACGUUCAGCCAUUUACAAACGCUUGGAGGAUGUCCUACACGAAGUUGGAGUGGACGGUCGCAGCUGCCUCCUGAGGGCCGUCUGCGAGGUGGCUGAGGCGCCCUUUGACCAGGGUAUCGUCGGAGGGAUGAUCAACAGAGUCCUCACAGCGUCGCUGGCGGGUGAACCCAACACGGCCGAGGAAGGGAGGGAAUACGAGGUCUUCCUGGAGGCCGAGCGUCUGGGUAGACAGACCGGGAGAUGCGAGGAGCACUUCCCCCAGUGUAAGACCUCGCCCUUCGACCUCAUCCCCUACGCCCUCCACUCAGUCGUCUAAUCGACCUCAUCCCCUACGCCCACCACUCAGUCAUCUAAUGAACCUCAUUCCCUACGCCCUCCACUCAGUCAUCUAAUCGACCUCAUCCCCUACGCCCACCACUCAGUCAUCUAAUGAACCUCAUUCCCUACGCCCACCACUCAGUCAUCUAAUCGACCUCAUCCCCUACGCCCUCCACUCAGUCAUCUAAUCGACCUCAUCCCCUACGCCCUCCACUCAGUCAUCUAAUCGACCUCAUCCCCUACGCCCUCCACUCGGUCAUAUAAUCGACCUCAUCCCCUACGCUCUCCACUCAGUCAUCUAAUUGACCUCAUCCCCUACGCCCUCCACUCAGUCAUCUAAUCGACCUCAUCUCCUACGUCCUCCACUCAGUCAUCUAAUCGACCUCAUCUCCUACGUCCUCCACUCAGUCAUCUAAUCGACCUCAUCUCCUACGUCCUCCACUCAGUCAUCUAAUCGACCUCAUCUCCUACGUCCUCCACUCAGUCAUCUAAUCGACCUCAUCCCCUACGCUCUCCACUCAGUCAUCUAAUUGACCUCAUCCCCUACGCCCUCCACUCAGUCAUCUAAUCGACCUCAUCUCCUACGUCCUCCACUCAGUCAUCUAAUCGACCUCAUCCCCUACGUCCUCCACUCACUCAUCUAAUCGACCUCAUCCCCUACGUCCUCCACUAAGUCAUCUAAUCGACCUCAUCCCCUACGCCUCCACUCAGACAUCUAAUCCUUAAGUCCAUCGGGAAAAGUGCCAUUUGAAAACAGCAAAAUCUGUCAGGAAACGGUAAGGACGUCUGCCGUGGGGGCCUCCAAUAAGGUCAUCGACUCUUCAAGCCAACACAGUUGUUCAAUGAUCAACCAUUAAGUAUAUUUUAGCCUUGAACUUAAAGACUAAACGUCACUACAGCAACCUCUCAUCACACAUGCACUGAGAUGUUUGAGACGCCUCUUGGAGUAUACAUGCAUGAUGUGUGAACUCCUUUACCAGUGUUAGAUAAAAUGUGUAGCGACAACAACAUUGCCUACCGGGGAUUUACUCAGCUUUAGUAUGUGGCGCCAACGGCAACUACUUUCUCUGAUAGACCAACAGUUCAAAUGCAUUAGUCUCUGCUAUUGUCUUACGAUGGCGUUGUCGUUUAAAUUGUGGGAUAAUUGUCAAUUGUGGUAUAAUUGGCUCGCCUGGCAGCGUUACCAUGUGGUAUAAUUGUUAACUGUUGCACUGCCGAUUUUUGGUUAAAUUAUUCUCCUGACAGUGUUGUCGUCUGGCAGCGUCUCCGUCUGGCAGUGUUAUCGUCUGGCAGCGUCUCCGUCUGGCAGUGUUAUCGUCUGGCAGCGUCUCCUUCUGGCAGUGUUGUCGUCUGGUAGCGUCGUCAUCUGGCAGUGUUAUCGUCUGGUAGCGUCUCCGUCUGGCAGUAUUAUCGUCUGGUAGCGUCUCCGUCUGGCAGUGUUGUCGUCUGGUAGCGUCGUCGUCAGGCAGCGUUGUCGUCUGGUAGCGUCUCCGUCUGGCAGUGUUGUAGUCUGGUAGCGUCGUCGUCUGGCAGUGUUGUCGUCUGGUAGCGUCGUCGUCAGGCAGCGUUGUCGUCUGGUAGCGUCUCCGUCUGGCAGUGUUGUCGUCUGGCAGCGUUGUCGUCUGGCAGCGUCUCCGUCUGGCAGUGUUGUCGUCUGGUAGCGUCGUCGCCUGGCAGUGUUGUCGUCUGGUAGCGUCGUCGUCUGGCAGUGUUGUCGUCUGACAGCGUUGUCGUCUGGCAGCGUUGUCGUCUGGCAGCGUCUCCGUCUGGCAGCGUUGUCGUCUGGCAGCGUCUCCGUCUGGCAGUGUUGUGGUCUGGCAGCGUCUCCGUCUGGCAGUGUUGUCGUCUGGUAGCGUCGUCGUCUGGCAGUGUUGUCAUCUGGUAGCGUCGUCGUCUGGCAGUGUUGUCGUCUGGUAGCGUCGUCGUCUGGCAGUGUUGUCGUCUGGUAGCGUCGUCGUCUGGCAGUGUGGUCGUCUGGUAGCGUCGUCGUCUGGCAUUGUAGUCUGGUAGCGUCGUCGUCAGGCAGCGUUGUCGUUUGGUAGCGUCUCCGUCUGGCAGUGUUGUAGUCUGGUAGCGUCGUCGUCUGGCAGUGUUGUCGUCUGGUAGCGUCGUCGUCUGGCAGUGUUGUCGUCUGGUAGCGUCGUCGUCUGGCAGUGUGGUCAUCUGGUAG